CGGACGGACGUCAUAAAAAUUGUUGAAGAUUGGGCAAAUUCUGAGGGACGAAAGAGCGGAAGGGAUAUAUAUAUUUGUUGUCCCGAAUACAGGCUACACAAUCUACUUCUCAUUCCUUCUUAAUGGUUGAGUAAAUAUAUUAUUAGUUAUCAUCGGAUAAACUCGCUUCGCCUGCGCCAUGCUCAUCCCUUGGACUUGAAGCCCACUUCAUCCUUCAGAGCAGUAGAUAUGACGGCUCGGACAAAACGACGACGGCUUAAUCCGCCAACAACCUUUGAGACUUUGCCGCUCCAGCCACUAACAAAGGCCGACAAAGCUCGCUGGAAUGGCUUCUGCGAGAUCGAAUCAGAACCGGCGCUUUUUAAUGUUAUGCUCCGUGACUUUGGUGUUAAGGGGGUUAAAGUGCAGGAAAUUGUAUCUCUGGAGGAUGAGAUGCUAGCGCUCCUCCACAAACCGGUCUAUGGGCUCAUAUUCCUCUUUCGAUGGAAGGAAGAUGACCCAGAUAAACAGGAGUCAAGCUGUCCAGAGGGCAUUUGGUUUGCGAACCAGACUUCAAGCUACGCUUGCGCAAGUGUUGCCCUGCUAAACAUCAUCAACAAUGUUGAUGAAAUCGAACUUGGCGAGAAGCUUCAGCAUUUCAAAGACUUCACCUUGCCUUUGACGCCAGCAUUGCGUGGGUACGCAAUCGGCAAUUUCGAAUUUGUCAAACGAGUCCAUAACUCGUUCGCGAGAAAAAUGGACGUCCUCAACACCGACCUGCAGCUAAAGACCGAAGCUACGAACCGAAGGUCCAGAACGAAGAAGUUGAAAACCCAGGAUUACGAUGAUAGCGAAGCUGGCUUCCAUUUCAUCGGCUUCGUCCCAGCGAAGGGGAAGCUAUGGAAGUUUGAUGGGCUCGAACGCCAACCCCAAAACUUAGGUGAUAAGUGGUUGGAUCUAGCGAAGCCAGAAAUAAUCUCGAGGAUGGCAGAGUAUGAGGAGGGCCAGAUUGAGUUUUCGAUCCUGGGCCUUGUUAAAGACCCUCUGAUCGAUUUGAGAACACAGCUUGCUACAAACAUCAAGUGCGUCGCUACCAUAGACGAGCAGCUAUCUGCACUUGGCAUAUCGCUACCGGACCUGGAUGGCACAGCAGCGACUAUCAAUGAAAACAGUAAUGGUAUUGGCCAUGAUCCAUUCAUCAAUAUUGAGCGGGAAGAGGUGGAACGGGCAGAUGUUCCGGGUGAUCUCAGAACCAAGUAUAAAUCUGCCACACCAGAUGAAUUGGCAGGUUAUCGGGAAGAGCUCGUCGGUGCUCAAAAAAAUAUACGAAUUAUGAUCAGCGAAGAGGAGCAGUCGCAUCGGGCGGAUGAGGACUACGCAACGGCCAGAAGACACGAUUACGGACCGGCUGUGCACACCUGGGUGCGUCUCCUUGCACGCAAGCAGGUGAUUGAAAAGCUAGUUGAGGAAGUACUGGCGUAUUGAUCUACUUGCGUAUAUAGCAGUUCGUUGACUGAGGCUUGAAGCAUUAGUCUAUGUAU